UUACUUUUAAACAGUCUCGGGCCGCUGAGGUUUUCCCGGUGUAAGUAAUAGCACCGAAAACAGUGCUGUGUCUGCUCCACUAGCAAAUUUACAGUGUAUUUCUUUCUUAAACCCUAAAAUCAGGUGUUAGUUGUCACAUUCGCACAAUGCUGCUGCAACAAGCUUCCCCGAUAAUCAAAAUUACCAGUUCCGAUUAUAGCUUCUUCAGGACUUGUUUCUCUCCACGAACACCACCAAAAUCUCUUUCCUUUCCCAUGGACAAAGAGAGGUCUCAAUCCCCUCUUUCUUCUUCUUCUUUGCAGCUGAAGCAGUCUCAACAACGCUUCAAUCCAGUUUUCCAUUGCCAAGCGUCGCUUGAAUCUCACGAGACUUCUCCCAGGAACGAUGAAAUGCCUGUCCAUGGAUUAUCUACAAUGAUUGUUGGUGUUUUGGGAGGGGGACAAUUGGGUCGUAUGCUGUGCCAAGCAGCUUCCCAAAUGGCCAUUAAAGUAAUGGUUUUGGAUCCCCUUGUGAAUUGCCCAGCUAGUUCUCUUGCUUAUCAUCACAUGGUCGGGAGUUUUGAUGACAGUGCUACGGUUCAGGAAUUCGCCAAAAGAUGUGGAGUAUUGACAGUUGAGAUUGAACAUGUUGAUGUUGCUACGCUAGAAAAGCUUGAGCAGCAAGGAGUUGAUUGCCAACCAAAAGCCUCUACUAUUCGAAUUAUCCAAGAUAAAUAUCUCCAAAAGGUUCAUUUUUCUCGGCAUGGAAUACCACUUCCUGAGUUUAUGCAGAUAGAUGAUCUAGACGGUGCCAAAAGGGCAGGUGACCUGUUUGGUUAUCCACUUAUGAUCAAAAGCAAAAGAUUAGCUUAUGAUGGGAGAGGAAAUGCAGUUGCUAAGAGUGAAGAGGAUCUUUCUUCUGCUGUAACUGCUCUUGGAGGUUUUGAUCGUGGUUUAUAUGUUGAGAAAUGGGCACCCUUCGUAAAGGAACUAGCUGUCAUUGUGGCUAGAGGAAGAGACAACUCUAUAUUGUGCUAUCCUGUUGUUGAAACUAUUCACAAGGAAAACAUAUGUCACAUAGUCAAGGCACCUGCUGAUGUUCCAUGGAAGAUCAGGAAACUUGCCACUGAUGUUUCCUACAAAGCUGUUAGUUCACUAGAAGGUGCUGGUGUGUUUGCAGUUGAGUUGUUUUUGACAAGUGAUGGUCAGAUUCUUCUUAAUGAAGUAGCUCCUAGACCUCAUAAUAGUGGUCAUCACACAAUUGAGUCCUGCUACACUUCACAAUUUGAACAGCAUCUGCGAGCUGUUGUGGGUCUUCCACUUGGUGAUCCAUCAAUGAAGACUCCAGCAGCUAUAAUGUACAAUUUAUUGGGUGAAGAUGAGGGAGAACCUGGUUUCCACUUGGCUCAUCAGCUUAUUGGAAGGGCAUUAAAUGUACAAGGGGCUACUGUUCAUUGGUAUGAUAAGCCAGAAAUGCGAAGGCAAAGAAAGAUGGGGCAUAUCACUAUUAUUGGUCCUUCUAUGGGCAUUGUGGAAGCACGGCUAAAUUCAAUGUUGAAAGAUGAGGGUUCUGAUAGUCCAUCUGUUGUUACACCACGUGUUGGGAUCAUUAUGGGCUCUGAUUCAGAUCUUCCUGUAAUGAAGGAUGCUGCCAGGAUUUUGAAUAUGUUUGGUGUGCCUUAUGAGGUAAGAAUAGUGUCGGCUCAUCGAACUCCUGAAAUGAUGUUCUCUUAUGCCUUAGCUGCACGGGAUCAAGGGAUUCAGAUCAUUAUUGCUGGUGCUGGUGGUGCAGCCCACUUGCCAGGGAUGGUAGCUUCACUUACUCCUUUACCUGUUAUUGGUGUCCCUGUACGUGCUUCCUCAUUGGAUGGAAUGGAUUCCCUCUUGUCGAUUGUGCAGAUGCCGAGGGGUGUUCCUGUUGCAACUGUAGCAAUAAACAAUGCUACAAAUGCAGGUUUGUUGGCUGUAAGGAUGUUGGGAGUUGGUGAUUCUGACCUAUUAGCAAGAAUGAGCCAGUAUCAAGAAGACACGAGGGAUGAAGUGUUGAAAAAGGCUGAGAAGUUACAAAGAGAUGGAUGGGAAUCUUAUUUGAAUCCUUGAGUGCAAUUACGCCACUCGCUGUAUUCCUUGAUUGUUUGAACUUAUUAACAUAGACACAAGAAUCAGAUAUCAGAAGAGCAUUAAGAGUAAACAUGUUAGGAAGUCCAUAGCAGAUUGGAAAGGGCAGAAGGGGAAGGGGAAGGUGGAUCAAGUUUGGAGGGAGAACAAAUUUUGAAGCCUUAUGAGAUUAUCAAAUUUUUCCUUGAUUGAUCAAUCAAUUGAAGUUAAUAUUUGCAUAUUCUUCAUCUCCAAGAUGCAAAGGAAGACAACUGAAUGCUUUGAUGAUUUCAUAUACAAAGAGGAUCCAAAUGCUAACAUGAAAAAUGCCAGUUUCAUAAUACACGCUAUUUUUCGAAGGUGUUGGUAGAUGUUUCAACAAAUCCUUC